UCCAUCUCUCCCAUCUCUCCAUCUCUCCUCUGCUCUCUCAGGCUGCGCCAUCUGUGCUUCCGGCCUCUGUUGUCUGCUGGCAUCCCCAAACUGACAAGGGACUCCAAAUCGCAGCACUCCAGAACCCACAGUCAUGUCAUCAGAAAAAUCAGGUCUCCCGGAUUCGGUUCCUCAUACUUCUCCUCCCCCUUACAAUGCCCCCCAGCCCCCAGCCGACCCCCCUGCCCCUCCUCCUCAGGCGCCCUCCACCUCCCAUCACCACCAUCACCACCACUACCACCAGUCGGGUACCGCCACACUCCCAAGAUUAGGGGCUGGUGGGCUAGCUUCUCCAGCAGCCCCUGCCCAACGGGGCCCCUCGUCCUCCGCUACAUUGCCCCGCCCUCCUCACCACGCCCCCCCAGGACCUGCCCCUGGGGCUCCUCCUCCUGGGUGCGCUACCCUGCCCCGCCUGCCCCCAGACCCUUACCUCCAGGAGACCCGCUUUGAGGGUCCGCUGCCCCCUCCCCCUCCGGCAGCAGCCGCCCCGCCCCCACCUGCGCCCGCUCCUCCCACUCCUGCACAGGGUUUUGUGGUGCCCACACACCCAGCCAUACACAGGAGGAGCGCCGGGAGGGACUGGAGUGACCCCUACGCUUUCCCCUCCACCCUUGGGCCCUGGGCUAGCCCUAUUAGAGCCCAGGCGCCCGCCCCACGACUACCUGCCAAUAGCCGUGCUCACUACAAUUUGCUGCUUUUGGCCAACCGGCAUCAUAGCUAUCUUCAAGGCGGUACAGGUGCGGACCGCUGUGGCCCGUGGAGACAUGGUGUCAGCGGAGAUCGCAUCUCGGGAGGCUCGGAAUUUCUCCUUCAUUUCCCUGGCCGUGGGCAUCGCAGCCAUGGUGCUCUGUACCAUUCUCACAGUGGUUAUCAUCAUAGCUGCGCAGCACCACGACACGGACUGGGAUCCUUAGGGACUUCCCUCCUCCUCCAGCCUGGAGACUCCUUAAAUCCAAUUUCCUGGGAUACCCCUUCCCCUCCCCUAGUGAUGACCUUCCAAUCCCCCUAUCCUCCCCCCAAAACCAGACCAGCCCAUGGAGCCUCCAAAGCUGGAAACACCCCUAAACUUGGCCAGGAUGUUUUCCAUUAGGGGAAACCGUAAGUCCAGAUCCCCAGGAAUUUCCUAAAUAUGGCCUUUAGGAAAUCUCCAAAACCCAGUUCCCUUGAGCCUCAGAACCUCUGCAGUCAGAUACAGAAGCUUGCAGCUCCCCACUGGUUCAGCCUAUCAGGAACCACAACCUCCCCAAGGUCCAGCAUACAAACUUCCCUUAUCACUCUGGGCUAAUUUGAGCCUCAGAGGUCAAUCCCCUACAUGGUUUGCCCCCAGCCCUUAGCAAAGCUUCUCCUUUGGCUCCUGGUAUUAUACUCCACUUGCUUUUCAGAUCUUUCCCACCUUCUGGGGGACCUGUGCCAACUCUAGGUAUGUCUGUAGAGCCCCCAAGCUCCCAUGACAGCCGGGGAGGCCCUCUUCUCCUUCAUGUUGCCAGACUUUGAGUUACCUUUUAUGUGCGGACUGAGAUGCUGGGGUCUCUGGCUCCUCAACCUCCUCCAGCCUAACCCCAAGGACUAAGCUCCCUUUAUCUCCCAGGCAGAGGAGCCAGAAAAGGUGAGGAAAAUCCAUAAACUUUAUUCCCUUUCUCUGGGCAGGGGAAACCAGGCACCUAGGGCUAGACCUGGAUCCACUCUCUUUUCCUCAGAGGACCCCGACUCUCCAGUCCUCAUCUCCCCGCCACCUGCUUGGGCUGCUCCCUACCCUUACCCAUACAGCGUUUGACAAACUGUACAGUCUCAAAGAUGGUGUGAUAUUCCCAAA